UUAUCAUUGUUAAUGGUUAGUUUUCUGAACCUGGACUAGAAUAGCGAGCGCGAAUUUUGAGUUUGUUUCGUUUUCGAGAUGGCGCCGAAUACUAUAUUCCCGGAGUUCAAUUUUGGUGCAGUUCAGGAUAAACAUGGUUCGAUUAUUGAGGAAAUGGAGGUUGACAAUAUUGGGGGGAAACAAGCUGUUGACGCAGAAAAUUGGGGUGGCUUUGGUUCCCUUUGUUCUGAUUAUGGAAGUUAUGGAAAUGGCUUCUCGGAUUUUAGCAAAUAUCAGCAGCAGCCACAGUUGAUGUCCGAUUAUGGGGUAUUCGACGAUAUGCCGCUUCAGUUUGGUGCUCUCUCUCCACCACUUCAAGCAUGCUUGGAGGAGAUAGCUAAGCUUGAGAAUAUCCCUACUUUAGUUCCUCAUGUUGAACCACCCAAGAAAGAAUUGAAGAGAGUCUCCUUUUCUGUACCAGGGCUUGAUCUGUUAAACAACUACGGAAGCAGGUUCAAACGUUUGAAUGGGGAAAAAAUUGUUGAGUCAAACCCUUAUGCAGCAUACACAGAGGUGAAGGACAGCAAGUUGUCAACAGAAGAAAUCAUGAGGGUGGCAGGAGCAAGGUUCAUUCGUACUGCUUCCCAAGUGUCAGCGUCUGAUCUACCCUCCAUGCUUAGCCACCCUUUUGAACUCUCCUUUGCUGGCCUCUCAGAUGAGGAGAGUAGAGAUGUGGAACUUGUGGAGUUCCUUCUUGCUUCUGCUGAGAAAGUAGGAUAUCAACAGUACGAGCGUGCAAGAAAGUUGCUUAACCUCUGUGAGAAGUUGUGUUCUGAUAGAGGAAAUCCGGUUGAACGAGUGGUUUUCUACUUUUGUGAAGCUCUUCGAGACAAGAUUGAUCGAGAAACUGGAAGGCCAACACAGACCAAGCACUCUUUUGAUAUGGUCAAGGCAAUGUUGAGUUUAAAUGAGACUUCCCUCGCAUGUCACAACAAGAUCCCUUUCUGCCAAAUUGCACAGUUUGCUGGAAUUCAAGCCAUAGUGGAAAAGGUGGCUGCGGCUAAGAAGGUUCAUGUAAUUGAUCUGCAAAUCAGGUCUGGGGUGCAGUGGACAGUUCUGAUGCAAGCUUUAGCAACCCGUGAUUUUCCGCUUGAACUUUUUAAGAUAAGUGCUGUUGGAACUUCUAAAGAAGAGGUUCAGAAUACAGGUAAGUGGUUGGAGAGUUUUGCCAAAACCAUUAACGUACCCUUUUCUUUCACAAUGGUGAUGGUGUCAGAUAUGCUAGAUCUCAAAGAAGACAUGUUUGAGCUAGAUCCUGAGGAAACAGUUGCAGUCUACCUUCACUUUGUACUGAGGUCCAUGGUCCCGCAGCCAGAUCGCCUGGAGUCUGUAAUGAGAGUGAUAAGAAACAUCCGGCCAUCUCUAACAGUGGUCACUGAAGUUGAGGCGAAUCACAACUCACCUGUAUUUGUGACCAGAUUCAUUGAAGCCCUUUUCUUCUUUAGUGUAUAUUUUGACUGCGUAGAAACUUUUAUGGAACAAAAUGAUCCAAUCAGAAAGGGUUUGGAAUCGCAGUACUUCGGAAGUGGAAUUAAAAAUAUUGUGGCAACUGAAGGAGAGGAAAGGACGGUACGUCAUGUGAAGAUUGAUGUUUGGAGGGCAUUUUUUGCUCGGUAUGGAAUGGAGGAGAUGGAGUUCAGCUCAUCAUCGCUGUACCAAGCUGAGCUGGUGUCUAAGAACUUCCCCUGUGGGAAUUCUUGCACCAUAACAAUGGAUGGGAAAACCCUGCUAGCUGGAUGGAAAGGAACAGCCGUCCAAUCUCUUUCACUUUGGAAAUUUGUUUGAUAAUAAUAUAAAGACGGCAUAAUUUCUUCUUUGGUAGAGCUUCCAGCUUUAUCUUUUGUUAUGAUCAGGGCUACAAAGGUUAUUGUUUUGCUAAUUGAGCAGCUUAUUUAGCUGAAGUAGUGAAUAUCACAUAUGAUGAAUACUACAUAAACUUGAUAUUGUUGUG